CACAUUCGCGUAAAGGUUUUCGACGGUGAAGCAUAAAGUAAGAGGAGAACCGUGGCGUACCACCUUGGUGAACCGUGCGCCAGUUGCGUCAUCGCUGCGAUCGGCACCAACGCGCGAAUACAGUGUCGUACUCGCGGAAAAUUGCAUCUAUACCCUUCACCAGUGUGUAUCCCGUGUAUCUGCGGAGGAAAAGUUAAAUCCACAUACGUAUCUCUCGGAACCGGUCGUUCUCCAUUUGACGUUGAUCGACGAUCGCGAGUCUUCCUUGAGUGUUUCGAUAAUACAGUUCUGAUAAGGUGCACUUCCGCUCCUUCAAAUCUCUAUCUCUUCUAUUUGUGUGUGUUUAUGGCAAUUGAAUGCGCCGUCUAUUCAUCCCACUCGAUCGAAAGAAGCUUUUCUCGAAGUGCAAAGAAAUGUUCAAGUCCUCUCGUUAAGUCCGCGCGUUGUUUAGUUUUGCUUAAAUGAACAUAUAAGUAGAAUCGCCGUAUUGUCUAUCAAAAGAGCAAGAAGAAACAGCGCGACGUUGAAACACAGCAUGUCUUGGACGCUACUUUUUGCUGGGAUUGUACAUACAAAACAUCUUUAAGUUACUUCUUUUGAAAUUAUAUUUCGUCGCUGCCAUAGAUCUGACCAGGCCCGUCUUAAAUCACUAAGUCCCUCCAAGUUCGCGCUACUGUAACCGCGUUUAGAUCUUCAAGGACAAGGAAGUCUCUCUCUUGUACCUGUAAAAACUAAAAAUACUUUCGGAAUUUAAGUCGUGCGCGAGCAAGACUGUCGAUUAUCAUUCGUCUUAUCUACGCGGAUCGCGCGCAAGAAAUAUAUAUACGUAUACACAUGUCUUGCAUAAUUGUGCGCACGUCCAUAAAUAUAAAAGGAUAUUAUCUAGCAAAGCUGGCAGAGGCAAGUUCAGCAGCGGUUGCUGCGCAAGUGACAGUACGAUCCACGAUUGAAUGAGCGCGUGAUUUCGUUCUUGACGCGCCGCAACGAUCUCGAUCAAGAGACGAUCUUGCAAAUCUCGAAUGAAAUAUUAGGCCAUCGCUUCGUGUGUUAUCAUGCCGCAGAACAGCCAAACGAUCAGCAACGGUGUCGAGCCGGAAACGAUCCCGAUAAAGCAUCAGGACAAAUCGGAGAAAGAUUCGAGAGAUCGGGGGACUUUCGAACAACAGGCUGAUGUCAAGGAGAAUCUAGAAUUUCGCAAGGACGAGAUGCCCGAGCUCAAGGAUGAUCAGCUGUUACAAGACGACGAGCAGAUAAGUUUGGAUUUCAGCAUCCCGCCGGAAGUCAUGGAAUAUGCUAGAAGAGUGCUCGGGGAGACCGAUGAGGUCAAGUGUCAGACACUGCAGGAAUUACGCGACAUGAUCUACGAAAGAGGCGAGUGUUUGCCGCAUAGGAUGGAUGAUGAUUUUCUCAUCAGAUUUCUUCGCGCCAGAAGCUUUAAUUUAAAAAGAGCGCACAGGCUGAUCGUGAAUUACUAUAACUUCAAAGAGGAACAUCCAGAGAUCCAUCAGCAGCUAAACCCGACGGAGAUGAGGUACAUUGGCGACGACAACGUGAUCACCGUACCACCGUACAGGAAUCAGUGCGGUAGACGUCUGCUAAUCUACCGGAUAGGCAAUUGGAAGCCGAGUAAAUAUCCCAUCGAAGAGCUCUUCAAGGCCACGACUUGCGUGCUCGAGCUGGGUAUCCUCGAGCCUAGAGCGCAGAUUCUGGGCGGUAUCGUUAUCUUUGACCUCAAGGAUAUCACUAUGGCACACGCGUGGACCGUGACUCCUCAGGUGGCAACUAUGAUGCUAUCUCUGAUGGUGACUGCGUUUCCCAUAAAGAUCCACGAGUUGCACAUUAUCCAUCAAUCGUGGAUUUUUGACACUAUCUUCACGGUAUUCAAACCGCUGCUCGACACAAACAUGCGGAAUAGAAUAUUCUUCCACGGCGGUGACUACAAGAGUCUUCACAAGCAUGUCUCGCCCGAAUAUCUACCGAAGAUUUACGGCGGUGUGAGAAACGAGCUGCCUUAUUAUAAGUGGAUCGAAGCACUAAUCAAGGAUCCGAAAGUUGUCGAUCAAAUGAACAAGAUGGGAUACGUCGUCACGAACGAGAUCCUCGAGUCCUUCGGCCAAAAGUAAAACCAGAACUCUAGGGCUUUCAAACAUUGAAAUCGCAUUAUUUUACAUAUCUUUCACGCUGCAAUACUUAUUCGCACAUUUUUAUUAUUAGCGCUUGCUUUUUUGCUACCGUCCCUCUCAAUUUGUACCAAUUGGGAUAUAUACAGCAUAUCCGAGAAGUUUUACUUUUAGUUUAUCGAUUAAUUUUAAGCCGAUUUUUUAUAUUAUUUAUAUUUGAUAUUAUAUAUGUUGGUAGAUCUAAGUUUUUCAAGAAUAAAUAUUCCGCUAAGCAUCUGGAUUAAGUUACACGUUGCUUGAAUUUUCGCGCACGAUCGCGAACUCGUUGCAAUCGCAAUUAUCGUGUGCCUUACCACACCUAUAGCAUAUAAGCUAAUGGCGAGUUUGCGAUAGGAAUCGUUGUGUUUCUCUGCACGAUUUCAUCUGAUAAAUUCGCUGCUUUUCUGUGCCCCUUCAGCGAUGUAGGUUGAUUUCCUUCUCGCAAUUUAUCAAUCGAUCGAUUAUCGGGAAAUGAUCUCAUCCUGCAUUGUUAUCCGAGUUUAGAUUUAAUGCACGUCGCGGUGCUCGAUUAAUUCAGGUUCAAAUGUGUUGAAUUCACCUCUCUUGUAGCGAGAUCGUGACACGUAUAACUAAAAGAGUCACGUACCGUAACUCGAUCGGAUUACUUGCGUUUUUUAUUUAAAAAGAAAGUAGUAAAAAUAACAAAAGUAACUCGUGAUAAUAUGGCUGUAUUGAGAAAAAUUGUUUAAUUGUAUUAACAAGAUGUAUAUAAUUAAAGGCAUUUU